CACACCCCACCCCCACAUAAACUCCAACUUCAUAGUUUUUAUUUUUCAUUUUCCGCCGACGAACUUCGUAGUUUUUCUAUUCGAAAAAAGGCUUAUAAAGCAGUUUUUUGGCUGAGAUUUUUCAUGGAGGAAGGAAAAAGCAUAUUGGAAUCAAUCUUCGAAGAGGUUGAUUUGGGAGAUGUUGAGAUGCUUGAUGUAGAAGAAGGAGAGCUCGUGGAUAAUGAACUGGUAGAUGAUCGAGAAAAAAGGGGCGUUGAUGAUUUUAAUGGUGAAAAUCAAGGUUCCCAGAGUAAAAACAAGAAGCGUAAAGGAAACAAGAAGAAGAACAAGAAAAAAAAGGGUGGUUCAGGACCUAAAGCUUUGGAUAUAAACAGGUUUGUGUUAGAUACUUGUAGACGGUUAAAAGAGAAGAAGUCUUACUUGGUGUAUACUGCUGUGGGAUGUUUGGGGAUUUCUGCAUUGAGUGAUCUUGUUAGAGAGGUGGAUGCAAUUCAAUCUUGUGGAGGACAGAUGACUGCAGAUGGCAGGCGUUACAGGAAUGGUGGUGGCAUUUUAUGGAAUAUCAUAAAAGCGCGAGAACCAGUUGCCUAUCGAGAAAUAAUGAAAAAAGCCAAGGACUUUGAGAAGCAAUUCAAGCAACAAAAUAUCAGACAAGCACCACCACAGAGCAAACAGAGCUCUUCUCAAGAAACUGCCUCUACGCUCGCGAAUGAAACUGCAACGAGUGUUCCAGAAGAUUCUGGAACAACUACUCAUAACCCGGCGGAAGAGUUCAGUGCCGAAGGAGCACGCAAAUCUGUUCAUGAUAGAAUUAGGGUCCCUGUUUCAUACGAAGACCUUCCAGGAGAGGAUAUGAAAGACAUUUAACGUGAUUGUUUUC